GGCAUAUCGAGUACUGCCUUGAACAUCAAUCGUCAUAUGACCCAUUCUAUCGAGUCUGCAAAGCUGGGGCCAUAUUUGUCUGUGCUAAAAUAGUUUCGUGGAGUGAGUGUGUGCAGAUAGUCGUCACAGUUUUGGGACCUGUAAAUACUUCCCACACUUCAUAAUCAAAAUGGCUGACCCAAAUCCCAUCUAUGGACCUUUCUUUGGAGUUAUGGGGGCGGCGUCUGCUAUCAUAUUCAGCGCCCUGGGAGCGGCCUAUGGAACGGCCAAAUCGGGAACGGGUAUUGCCGCCAUGUCGGUGAUGCGGCCCGAGCUCAUCAUGAAGUCCAUCAUCCCCGUGGUCAUGGCGGGUAUUAUCGCCAUCUACGGGCUGGUAGUUGCCGUCCUGAUCGCCGGUUCCCUCGAGUCACCCGCCACAUAUCCCUUGUUCAGAGGGUUCAUCCAUUUGGGUGCAGGUCUCGCGGUCGGGUUCUCCGGGCUGGCGGCCGGGUUCGCCAUAGGCAUCGUGGGCGAUGCCGGCGUGCGCGGAACGGCCCAACAGCCGAGGUUAUUCGUCGGAAUGAUUCUUAUCCUCAUUUUCGCUGAAGUGUUGGGUCUAUACGGUCUCAUUGUGGCCAUCUACCUUUACACGAAACAACAGUAAACCCAUCUACACACACUCCAUUCACCCGUGCCCCGGAGCUCUAUGCCUCUAUGUGAUCUAUGCUCAUUACAAAUAUCUCGCGCACAGGGGACGUCGUCGCCGGUAGCGACCGCAUAGCGCCCCGAGGCACUUUCUGUAUAGUAACCCAUUAAACCUCCUCGCUUCAUGGACUCCUACAACUGCAGACUGAAAACUGUGGUCGUGUUGUGCUAUACGAGAGCACAACCACUGUUUUGUGGUUGUGCUGUGGUACUCAGCUUCGAAUCGCUCGCACAUCUCCGGCCCGAUGCGGACUUGAUGCUGCGUCUGCAUCGCGCCCCGAGACGCGAACUGUUUUGUAAUAAGUUUUUUUUUAAUCUUCAAUUUUAUAACGAACACUCACGUUCCUCGAACGUAACCGAAUCAUGGUUGACGCUACCGCGCGAUGACGGAGUUAUUUAUUAUUUAAUUUAGUUCCCGCUGUCUUGUGUUACGGUGACUGGAGUAACUUCACCAACAUAUCGAUAUUGUUUGCGCGAACCGUUCAUCAGACGAUAUCAAUUUUAGAUUAUUUUAGCGUUAAGGCGAAACUAAUGUACAGUUAGAGUAGACAUUUAAGUCCAAACAAUUUAUCUUAAAUAUAAUUAAUGAUCCGUUGAAGCCGCAGGGUACUGUGUACCGACUAUUUGCUGAGAGUUUGAAGGUUGAACCUGGCUUGGCAUAUACAGCUUUCAGUGUUGUAAGUGGGUGUACUUAUCCAUAAACUACUUGUACUGUUUUUACCUGUAUUGUGUACGGAUGCUGUCAACUGUGUCUUGCUAAAUUAUUCCAAAGCGAGUCCCAAACAAAUGUAUUGCCAGGGAUCAGAUAAUAAACAUGAUUUGUACAUUCCAUA